AUGGCGUCAAUUAAACACGAAGAGAAAAUACCAUUUCUUAGUAGUGAGGACGACCACGAUGACCAAAAAGUUCGCCCUAGGCAGAACGGCUUUUGGAAGAACAGGUCCGCCGCGGCGCACGGUAUUCUUCUCGUCGUUCAACUACUUUUGUUUGUUUUGAAUGUAGUCUUUCUCAUUUCCAAUAUCACAUAUCUGAGGGCUCGCAACGACACCGUUUCAAGCAAUGCCUCGUCCAUGAGGGCAUUCUCGCCUGCCGAGUCAGCUCUGGAGUAUAUCAUUGUUGAAGAGGACAACUACGGACAUCACCAAUCGCCUUAUACAGGGGAACCUCGCCCCGAGGUUGACCAGGCCUGGUCACAUUUACUGAGAUCAACAAAUCUUCGAAUUACCAAAGAUGAGAUGAUCAAAAUGAAUAAGACGUCCCUUACUUUGAAGGAUGGUAGUGGCUAUGUUGGAUACCUUGAAGCUAUACACAUGUUACAUUGCGUGAAAAGACUAUAUCAAUCGCAUAAUCCAGAUCACUACCCGGAGCAGCAGCGUGCGGGCGCUUUUACUGAUGAUCACUUUUAUCACUGUUUGGAUGUUAUCCGUGAGGGUAUAAUGUGCAAUGCGGAUGUGGCCAUAAAUACCUUGCUCUGGGAUGGUCCCAGCAAGGUUAAGGGUGCAAGACCAGGUCCUCGAAAGUGCACCGAUUGGGGCCGCCUUCAAGCGUGGGCUGAUGAUAAGACACUUGCCGAGAAAGACUUGAAGACGUUCCUUGCUACGGCGGUUGUGCCGUUCGACGAGAUUGGGAGUGUCGGUCCUACAGAACUAUUGGUGUGA